AUGGCAGCUGUUACCCCACAGAAAAGGAGCCGUAGUUCUACUGAUACCGAUGGUUCAUCCUUGGCCUUUGAGACUCCUGUGAAAAAAAUGAUGAUAGGCUUUGCUGAAGGUCUGUCUCCACUCAAGAAAUCAAGAAAUGAUUGGUUUGCUUCUCAAAUAAAAUGGUUAUCUAGCUCCAGUGAUGAGAUGAAAGAAAAUGAGGCUGUCCCAGUGAAGCCGGCACUGUCGAGGAGGCUGGAUGUUUCACCUCUUCAGGCAGCCAGUGUUCCCACAGCCGCGCAGAGGGAGUCCUCAAGGAAAUUAUCCCCAAAGCCCGCUUCCUCAUACAAGCCCCUUAUGCCUGUGGUGUCUUUUUAUAGCAAGGAAAAGCGAUACCUUACUCCUCUUGAGAGGAAACAACUGAAUGAGAACCACUCCUUGGGUGAGAGGAACAGGGAGGAAAAUCUCCCAGCUGCCAGCAGGACUGAGAAGAUGAACAUGAACUUGAGCAGGAAAACAAGCUUAAAGCCAACCAAGCACUCAACGAAGCAUGGCAAAACUGUCCCCAAAACACUUAAGAAGGCAAAAGGAGAUGUACCAGUGGUAAAACCCAGUGUGGAGAAAGAGAAUGUGAAUUGCCUCAUUAAAAAGAAGAUGGAUUCACCCUUCAGAGUCCUAAGCAUGACAGUUAAACCAGCCCUGAAACUCCAGAUGCAGGCUACGCUGGAUGAACUGACUGCUCUGUUUGGGUCCAGCCCACCUGUAAAAACAUCUCACACCUCGCAGAAAAGCAAGAAGGCAAAAGAGCUCUGCAAGCGCUCCAGAGAUCAGAUGAUCAUUGAUGCUGGUCAGAAGCAUUUUGGUGCCAUAGUUUGCAAGUCGUGCAGCAUGAUCUACACGGCUGCUAGCCCGGAGGAUGAAGCACAGCACAUCCAGCACCACGAGAGAUUCCUUGAGGGACUCAGAUAUGUGGGUUGGAAGAAAGAACGGGUUGUGGCAGAGUUCUGGGAUGGGAAAAUUGUAUUGAUUCUUCCAGAUGACCCAAAAUAUGCGGUCAAGAAGGCAGAAGAUGUGCGAGAAAUUGUAGAUAAUGAAUUGGGAUUUAAGCAAGUUUCUUUGAGCUGCCCAGCCAAGACUAAAGUAUACUUGUUUGUGUCCAACGAGAAGAUGAUUGUUGGGUGCUUAGUGGCUGAAUCAAUCAAGCAGGCUUUCCGGGUGCUGUCUGAGCCAGGAGCUGUGCCAUCCUCUGGCCAGGACGCCCUGCAGCACCACCGGGCUUGGCGCUGCUCCACAGAGCCAGAGCCUGCCAUCUGCGGCAUCAGCAGGAUCUGGGUGUUCGGCCCAAAGCGCAGGAAGGGAAUCGCCUGUCACAUGGUGGACACGGUCAGGAGCACAUUCAUGUACGGCUGCUACCUGAGCACUAACGAAAUCGCCUUCUCCGACCCGACACCAGACGGCAAGUUGUUUGCAACAAAGUACUGCCAAACCCCUAACUUCCUUGUUUACAAUUUUAUUUAUAACAACUGA